UCCCGCUGCGGGAGAGGGGGACGCGUUUAGCUGCUGCACCGCCGGUCCCUUGCGAGAGCGUCCGCUGGCGCCGCUGUGGCCUCUCCGCUGGGCUCGCCAUGGAGGCGCUGGCGGCGGAGCUGGGGAGCCUGACCCCCGAGCAGGCGGCGGCUCCUGUGAACACGGUGGAGGAGAAAUGGAGACUUCUUCCAGCAUUUCUAAAGGUGAAAGGACUUGUGAAGCAGCACAUAGAUUCAUUCAACUAUUUCAUCAAUGUAGAGAUAAAGAAAAUCAUGAAGGCCAAUGAAAAAGUUACAAGUGAUGCUGAUCCAAUGUGGUACUUGAAGUACCUCAAUAUCUAUGUGGGUACUCCAGAUGUGGAAGAAAGCUUUAAUGUGACACGACCUGUAUCACCUCACGAGUGCCGCCUGAGAGACAUGACUUAUUCUGCCCCAAUUACAGUGGACAUUGAAUAUACACGAGGUAGCCAGAGGAUCAUCCGCAAUGCAUUACCCAUUGGCAGAAUGCCUAUAAUGCUGCGUAGCUCCAAUUGUGUUCUUACUGGGAAAACUCCAGCAGAAUUUGCCAAACUUAACGAAUGUCCUUUAGAUCCAGGUGGCUAUUUCAUUGUUAAAGGUGUUGAGAAAGUCAUUCUUAUUCAGGAGCAGUUAUCCAAAAACAGAAUCAUUGUGGAAGCUGAUAGAAAAGGCACAGUUGGAGCUUCUGUUACCAGUUCCACUCAUGAGAAGAAGAGCAGAACAAAUAUGGUUGUGAAACAAGGAAGGUUUUACCUGAGGCAUAACACUCUGUCAGAAGAUAUUCCCAUUGCUAUCAUAUUUAAGGCCAUGGGUGUUGAGAGUGACCAAGAAAUUGUACAGAUGAUUGGCACAGAGGAGCAUGUGAUGGCUGCAUUUGCUCCUAGUCUGGAAGAAUGCCAAAAAGCUCAGAUUUUUACACAGAUGCAGGCAUUGAAGUACAUUGGAAACAAGGUACGAAGGCAGAGGAUGUGGGGAGGCCCAAAGAAAACAAAGAUGGAAGAAGCACGAGAGUUGCUAGCAUCAACUAUUUUGACGCAUGUUCUUGUGAAGGAAUUCAAUUUUCGUGCCAAAUGCAUUUACACAGCAGUGAUGGUGCGCAGAGUAAUUCUGGCCCAAGGAGAAAAUAAAGUCGAUGACAGAGAUUACUACGGAAAUAAACGUUUGGAGUUGGCUGGGCAGCUUCUUUCUCUUCUAUUUGAAGAUUUGUUCAAAAAAUUUAACUCUGAACUUAAAAAGAUAGCUGACCAGGUAAUCCCCAAGCAACGAGCAGCUCAGUUUGAUGUAGUGAAGCAUAUGCGUCAGGACCAGAUCACCAAUGGCAUGGUCAAUGCCAUUUCCACAGGAAAUUGGUCUCUGAAAAGAUUCAAAAUGGACCGCCAAGGUGUGACACAAGUAUUGUCCCGCUUGUCUUAUAUAUCUGCUCUGGGAAUGAUGACUAGAAUCUCUUCUCAGUUUGAAAAGACAAGAAAAGUGAGUGGUCCUCGAUCUCUACAGCCCUCUCAGUGGGGCAUGCUCUGCCCAUCUGACACUCCUGAAGGAGAGGCUUGUGGUUUGGUUAAAAACCUUGCCCUCAUGACUCACAUUACUACAGACAUGGAAGAUGGCCCGAUUAUUAAAUUAGCCAGUAAUCUUGGAGUUGAAGAUGUCAACUUGCUCUGUGGUGAAGAACUUUCAUAUCCAAAUGUGUUCCUUGUUUUCCUUAAUGGUAACAUCCUUGGUGUCAUACGUGACCAUCAGAAACUAGUCAACACAUUUCGGAUAAUGCGGCGAGCAGGUUAUAUCAAUGAAUUUGUUUCCAUCUCUACAAAUCUUUCUGACAGAUGUGUCUAUAUUUCCUCUGAUGGAGGGAGAUUGUGCAGACCCUAUAUAAUUGUAAAGAAGCAAAAACCUGCAGUUACAAACAAGCAUAUGGAAGAACUGGCUCAAGGAUACAGGAAUUUUGAAGACUUUUUGCAUGAAGGCCUUGUUGAAUAUUUGGAUGUGAAUGAAGAAAAUGACUGCAACAUUGCACUCUAUGAACAUACAAUUAAUAAAGAUACAACACAUUUGGAGAUUGAGCCUUUCACGCUUCUUGGUGUCUGUGCUGGGCUGAUUCCGUAUCCUCACCACAACCAGUCCCCAAGAAACACUUACCAGUGUGCCAUGGGGAAACAAGCAAUGGGUACUAUUGGAUACAAUCAGAGGAACAGGAUAGAUACUCUUAUGUAUCUUUUAGCAUAUCCACAAAAACCGAUGGUAAAAACAAAAACAAUUGAACUGAUAGAUUUUGAGAAACUGCCUGCUGGGCAGAAUGCCACAGUUGCCGUGAUGAGUUACAGUGGUUAUGAUAUCGAAGAUGCUCUUGUCUUAAACAAGGCCUCUUUGGACAGAGGAUUUGGAAGGUGUCUUGUAUAUAAAAAUGCCAAGUGUACACUGAAGCGUUACACCAAUCAGACAUUUGAUAAAGUAAUGGGACCGAUGUUGGAUGCAGCUACACGUAAACCGAUCUGGCGCCAUGAAAUUUUAGAUGCUGAUGGUAUCUGCUCUCCAGGUGAAAAAGUAGAAAAUAAGCAAGUGCUUGUGAACAAAUCUAUGCCAACUGUGACCCAGACGCCUCUGGAAGGAAGUAACGUGCCUCAGCAGCCACAAUACAAAGAUGUGCCAGUAACCUACAAAGGUGCGACCGAUUCUUAUAUCGAAAAAGUUAUGAUUUCAUCAAAUGCAGAGGAUGCUUUUUUGAUCAAAAUGUUGCUGAGGCAAACUAGACGUCCAGAAAUUGGAGAUAAGUUUAGCAGUCGUCAUGGGCAGAAGGGGGUGUGUGGACUGAUUGUUCCUCAGGAGGACAUGCCAUUUUGUGAUACAGGAAUCUGUCCAGAUAUCAUAAUGAACCCUCAUGGCUUCCCAUCGCGUAUGACGGUAGGAAAGUUAAUUGAACUCUUGGCUGGAAAGGCUGGAGUCCUGGAUGGCAGAUUUCAUUACGGAACAGCUUUUGGAGGCAGUAAAGUUAAGGAUGUGUGCGAAGAUCUAAUUCGCCAUGGUUAUAACUACCUAGGGAAGGACUACGUAACAUCUGGUAUCACUGGGGAGCCUUUGGAAGCAUAUAUCUAUUUUGGUCCUGUGUAUUACCAGAAACUAAAGCACAUGGUAUUGGAUAAAAUGCAUGCAAGAGCUCGAGGACCCAGGGCAGUGCUUACCAGGCAGCCCACUGAAGGUCGAUCCCGUGAUGGUGGUUUACGUCUUGGAGAGAUGGAACGAGAUUGUUUAAUAGGUUAUGGAGCCAGCAUGCUUUUACUGGAGAGACUGAUGAUUUCAAGUGACGCCUUUGAAGUGGACGUUUGUGGGCAGUGUGGCUUGCUGGGAUACUCUGGCUGGUGCCACUACUGCAAAUCAUCAUGUCAUGUGUCUUCUCUGCGCAUACCUUAUGCCUGUAAACUCUUAUUCCAAGAACUGCAGUCAAUGAACAUCAUACCUCGGCUAAAACUAGCCAAAUAUAAUGAAUGAGCAACACGAAAAAGAGGGAAAAAAUACUUUAAAGAAGUUAAAAUCCAGCAUAUGUAACUGGAAGAUAUUGUGGUGAAUGUGAAUAAAACCUGAGUGGGUAGAAGAGAGAUUCAAGACACUUGUAUGAAAUCUUGCUUGCAUCUUCUGCCUGUUUUAAUUUGACAGGUGAGAGACUGUCAGCAAGAGCAAUCUUGAAGCCUUGAUUAGCCUGAGUAAACAGGAUGUGUGGGCAUUGUGGAAUAAGGCUGUGGUCCAGCAAAGCACAUGUAUAACUUUCAAACAUGUGACAACUCUAUGCUUGGUUUCAAUAAAUGCUUUGCUGGACGGGGGCUUGAGCUGAUCUUAAGUGCACAUCUUACUCAUAUAGGUUAAAAUUAUGUUUUCCAGACCAGUGGAAUAUGGAAGACUAAUAAAUGUUUUAAAUAAUA